AUGAUUUAUCUUCUUGACAGUAGCAUUUGUCUGCUACUGUCCAUAAUAAUAUCUGUUGUUCAAUCGACAGCAUUUUAUCAAAAUGAUUAUGAACCACGUGUAUUUGAUUAUAUACCAUUAAAUUGUUAUGAUUGUUUAUCAUAUCGUGAUAUUAUAUUAACACAAUUAACAACAAUUCCAGCACAAUCUUUUGCUAAUUUUAAUUUAGGUUCACGUGAUACAAAUAUGAUAUUAAAUGGACAAUUAAAAUUAAUUUUUCAACCAUAUGCAUUUCAAUCACUUAUUGUACAAAAACCAAAUAGAACAUUAACAAUUACAUUUGCAGCACCUAAUUCAUGGUUGAAUAUAACAGAAAAUACAUUUAAUGGUCUUGAUCUUCAGCCAUAUUCAACAUUACGUAUAAUUAUCAAAUUUUUCUAUGGUUGUACGUUUCAUAAAAAUUCUUUGUCCGGUAUUAAAAUGGGUAAAUAUUCUCGUUUAAUAAUUGAUAUAUCAUCUGUAACUCAAAUUCAUUUUCAAAAUCAUAUUAUUGAACAAAAUGAUUUAAUAUCAUCUAUUGAUUUUAUAAUAUCACGUACGGAUACAAUAUUCUUUGAAUCAUAUUCAUUUUCAUUCUUAAAUAUUAAUUCAAAUCAAAUAAUAUCAUUUCAUUUUGAACUUAUAUCACAUAUACAUUUAAAACCAUAUUCAUUUAAAUCUUUACAAUUACAUUUAUCAAGUUCAUUUCGUUUUUAUUCAUUAUUUUUAACACGUUUAACUAUUGAUUCAUAUGCAUUUCAAAAUAUGUCUUUAGAUACAAAUUCAAUAUUUAAUUUUACAAUACAAACAUUAGGUACAUGUUUAUGUUUAAAAUCUUAUACAUUUGAUAAUAUACAUCAAAUGUAUGAAAAAAGUAAAAAUAUAAAAAUUUUUCUUAUAUUAAAUAAUCUUCGUGGACUUUCAAUAUUUUCCAAUACAUUUUCAAAUUUAUCAUUAAAUACUAUUGAAAAUCAAUUAAAAAUUUUCUCAGAUAAUCCAAUAAAUGAUCCAAAUCCAAUUAUAAAUUUUGAAAAAGAUUCUUUAUUAUCGAUCAAUUCUGGUUUAAUUAUAUUUAAUUUUUCAUCAACAACAAUAAUUAAAUUUGAAAAAAAUUCUUUACAAACAAAUUAUUUAUUUUAUAAUAUUUAUUUAAAAGAUAUUACUUUACUUGAUUUAUCAUUAUUAAAUUUAAAUCUUUUUAAAACAAAUAUGAAUAUACAUUUUGAUUAUAUUUUUUAUGUAAAAUGGUUUCAGUCUAUUGAAAAGAAUUUCAUUAAUCAUCGAUCAUUGAUUCAAUUCUAUUUUAAUUAUAUAGCCAAUAAUUCAUGUCUUAUUUACGAAGCUCCUCGUUAUUUACCAUGGUUAUUUCAAAAUUCUAAUACAACUAUAUGUAAUUGUCCCUUACUUUUUGCUUAUAAACAUGGUCGAUUAGAUGGACAAUUAAUACCAUGUAUAAGUUCAAUGUCUGGACAUGAAACAGCUCGUAAAAUGGAUGAAUGUCAUUUUGAUCGAAAAGAAAAUCUAUGUCAUACAACACUUGAAUCUUUAACUGAUUUAAAUAAUAAUAAUACAUUAACACAUUCAUUUAUAUCAAAUUCAUUAGAAAUAGAUAAUUUUUUAAUUCAUCAAUUAUAUGAUAGAAAUUAUCUUUCAUGUUCAUAUAAUUAUUCAUUAUUUCGAUCAUCAUUUAUUGUUCGUUCACGUUUAUUUAAUAAUAUAGGUCUUAUUAUAGGUAUUAUUCUUAGUAUAUUUAUUAUAUUACUUAUUCUUGUUAUGGCAUUAUUAAAUGGUUUACAAUAUAAAAUACGAGAAUAUGAUGAAACAUGGACAUGGAGACGAAAUAUGUCUUGGACAUCAUUACGACGAACAUUAUCACAAACAUCUUUAAGACGUUCAAGACGAGAUUUACGUACAAUCAAUGGACAUGUAAUAACAUCAAAGUCUGAUAAUCAACUUGAUCGUUUAAGGUUUGAACAAGCAGAUAAUGAUGAACAAGAAUUAGAUAGUGAAUUUAUUCAAACACCAUGUAUUAAUUUAUCAAUACCGGAAAACUUAAAGAAAAAUACUCAAAUAUAA